UGUGAUGAGCUUUUCCUUUGAGGGAAACUUUGAGUGAAUGCAAGAAGCUCAAAGUUUAUUGCAAGCUUUCCUAAAUGAUAAUUUAAAUUUAUGACACAGAUUUUAAUGCAUUAAUGAAAACACAUUAGCAGGGAAAACAAAAACUAAGAACAUUUUCAUUACUUUCUUAGCUUUCCUAUAUUUGCUGUACUUAAAUUCCUAAAAAUUGGUUCAGUUUUGCCUACUUUUGCCCCACUGUAUUCUCAUCAAGCAAAGAGCGCCUGCGUUAACAUUGUUUGGUCUAACUAUAUAGAUGUCCCGCCUUUCAUUGACCAGUUUAUCUUCUUCUGCAUCGACGAAUGGUGACUAGGAUCGAGUUCCUCCAUUAAAAUAAUUCUACCAGGGACUAGGAAGAGCCAAGAGGCAGGCUAACGACCCUGAACCCUUCGGUGACACUGAACUUGUCCGCUGGCAAGUCGGUCAACAAAUGUCCAGCAUGGCACGUUUUCGCAAGGUGAGUCGCCAAAGCGAGGAGCUCGAGUCGGAGGCGAGUGCAUCAUUGUUAAAGUCAUCCCCGAAUAUAUUAGAGAACUUUGCCUACGACGAGUUCCAUUCGGUACAGCUAAAUCAUCCACUCCUUAAGCGAAUGGCCACUUCACCAGUCGCCCAUUCUGGGUCACAGAGCAGCUCAUCCUCCACAUCAUCUUCACGGAGGGAGCCGAAAUUCUGUGACACACUGGAACGGCAUGCCUUCAUGCGAAAUGUGAUUAACCAGCAGCCGGAAAGCGUCCGACGCUACUCGAGUCCGGGUGAAAAGGAGGCACAGGUCAGAAAAAGUCUUGAGGAGAUCACCAAGGAUCUCAAGGAAAUCGAACAGUUCGUCAGUGCCACUGAGGAGUUGCUGCAGAAGGAGAAGGAACAGGACAAGGUUCUCUACGCCAACAAAGAAAACAAGUGUCCCAGUCCGGUCAAAAAGUGCACCUAUAAGAUAAAUGUCUACAAGACUCCGCACAGACGUCAUCGUCCGGGUAGCCCGCGGUUCUAUUACUCCAGAUUGUACUUUAGGAAUGGAAAAAUCGGUUGCGUGGACUCCACAGAGCAUCAGAACAAUGUGGGUGCCACUCACGCUCUGGUCAAGCACAUCCUACAUCAUGAAAAGCCUCUAGUAAGUCCAGAUAGUGUGAGGAGAGUGCUUGAGGAGAGCUUCGAAAUGGUUCCACUACCAGGAGCUGUUCCCGAGGUUGUCCCCGAUCCGAUUGCUGUUCAGCGAGCAGAGGAGCUGGCAGCAGCCACUGGGCAGGUGGUUCUACCAAAGGAAGAGGAGGAGAAUUCACCUAUGCAUCAAGGGGAAUCCCAACCAAUUAUCGACGAGGAUGAACAGGAUGUGCAAAUCUGUUACAACGAAUCGCCGGAACUGCAAAACGACGAUCGCAAUGAGCGAGCCAAUGGAACACCUUCAAUUAAUGACAGCGAGAUCGUGGCAGUUAAUGAACCGGAGACGGAAAUGAAUGUGGAUAUGGACCUGGAGCACCGCAAGCCAAGUAGCGCUGGUAGCUUGGACUCCCAGGGUCAGCAGUUCCUCCGCGACCAAGUUCGCCAUUUGGUCCGCCGCUUUACAGCCAGAGCUAAUAAGGUCAAGUCCCGAAUUGAACUACCACCAACUCCUUCGUCCAGCAGCACCGCCAGUUCACCAUCACCACCACCAACCAAGAGUCUUCAUCCUUCUCCACAGCACAAGGUGCGACUGGUGCCAGCGGGUCAAUCCCCGCACCGAGGGAGGCUCUUCGAGGCAGAUACUCCACGGUCAAAUGUGUGGCUUUGUUCCAGUUUGUGCGGCGCCAAUAAUGAUGAGCGUACCUUGGAUCCCCAGGGCAAAAUCUACAUCUCCUGGCUAUGCGUUGUAUCGCUAUCCUUCCUCUAUAACGCCUGGGUCAUCCCGUUGCGCUCCUCGUUCCCCUUCCAGACCAAGGAGAACACCAACAUCUGGCUGGCCUGUGACUUUUGUGCUGACAUUGUGUAUCUGCUGGAUGUUGUCUUCUUCAAGCAUCGGGUUAUGUACCUCUUUGAGGGUUUUUGGGUGAAAAACAAAAACCUGACCAGAAAGAACUACAUGAGGAAACUGCAAUUUAAGUUGGAUCUUCUGGCCCUUCUCCCACUUGAGUUGCUAUACCUGAAAUUGGGCACUGGUGCUGUUUGGUUGCGAUUUCCAAGGUUCUUUAAGAUUCAGAGCUUUUGGGAAGUAUUCCGCCUUUUGGAUCGAGUAAUAUCGUCACCACACUUCGUUCGAGUGGCCAAAACUUUGACUUACAUGCUCUACAUGAUUCACAUCACGGCCGCCCUAUACUAUGCCUACAGUGACUACCAGGGCUUGGGAAAGAAUCGCUGGGUCUUUAGUGGCAAGGGUCAUCCAUAUGUAAGGUGUUUUGCAUUUGCCACCAAGACGGCCACAUCCAUAGGAAAAAAUCCAAAGCCGGAGCGUCAAGGGGAGUAUGUCUUCAUGACGGUAGCCUGGCUGAUGGGAGUCUUUGUCUUCGCUUUGCUCAUCGGUCAGAUUAGGGACAUUAUCUCGACUGCCACACGGAACAAGCAUGAGUAUCGCCAGCUGGAAGAUGAGACACUGGAGUACAUGCGACGUCUUAAUCUCUCCCAGGAAGUACAGUCAAGGGUCAAAAUGUGGUUCCAGUUUACGUGGGAACAGCAACGCACUUUGGAUGAGUCCAACAUCUUAGAUGCUUUGCCCAUUAACCUAAAAACGGACAUCGCCAUCUCCGUGCACAUUCAAACGCUUUCCAAGGUGCAACUGUUUGCUGAUUGCGAAGAGGCUUUGCUUAGAGAUUUGGUACUAAAGCUGAGGGCCGUAACCUUUCUGCCUGGAGAUUUUGUUUGCCGCAAGGGUGAGGUUGGCAGAGAGAUGUACAUCGUAAAACUAGGUCAAGUCCAAGUGAUGGGUGGUCCCAGUAGUGAUGUUGUACUCGCCACUUUAACAGAAGGCUCCGUAUUCGGUGAGAUCAGUCUGCUGGGAAUCAAUGGAGCUGACCGCAGAACAGCAGAUGUGCGAUCGAAGGGAUACUCCAACCUUUUUGUGCUUUCCAAAUCCGAUUUGAACGAGGUCAUCGCAUACUAUCCCAAUGCCCAGGCUAUUCUCAAGAAGCGCGCACGUCAACUGAUGAGGAAAAAUGCAGCCAGGGAGCGGGAAGAAGAGCGUGAGCGUGCACGCAGUGCCCUCCAGGCAGAUGUAGUGAUCGGGAACCCGAAAACACCGGAGACGCCACCAAAACUCCUACAGACAGUUAUCCAAGCACUUCCGUAUGAAUCCCCCGCCGUGGUGCUUAUCACAAGAGGUUCUAAGAGGAUGCGUCGCAAACGCCAAUCGUUGCAAAUGGAAACUAUUGUGGAGCCCAAAAUGGAGAUCACAGGCGGCGCAGAACCGCAAGAACAGAAGAGCUUGAAACCGGGAAGAUGUUCACCCGAUCUACUCUUCUCCAUCCAGCAAGAGCUAAAGUCCAAGCACAAGUUUAUCAACCUAACGGAUUCUGAGAAGGCGCUGAUCAGCCAAUCUGCAAACAAUUCGCUGGAGGACAUCAAGGUGGUGGAUCUCUAAGAUUUCAUAGCCAAUUCCAUAGUAUAUGUCUAAUUAUUGUAACAAAAUAUUCUGCGAUAUAAACUCUGUGUGUAUAACAA